CCCUGUCUUGGCUUGAGCUGUCAAACCCCUUAAACAUGAUAUCUACAGUAUGCAAUGCGUUUUUUACUCUGCGUGGCGGUGUUUAUGAAUAUCAGAUGGCAUCUGGGGAUUAAUCUUCAUAGUAGACUACACACAAUGACGGCUAUUGUCACUCUAGGAAAAUAACUACUAUAUUCUACAAUAUUAUUACUCAGUGAACAUAAUUGGACGUAGUAGGUUUAUUCUUGUGAAGUCUGCUCACCAAUUAACCCAUUCGGUCGCCCACCCUUUACAGAAGCCCAGAUUGAGCGGUCGGCCAGGCACUGGUUCUAAGAAUACCACACACGCCUACUGUAUCAAUGACGCCUGGGACAUAUUUAACACGCUUAUAACUAUCUAGUCGGGGCGUGUACUGGAAAAACCCAGCAUGGUUCAGAUACUGUAGCUACUGUAGGCCUACUUCUGUAUUAAAGUAUAUUAAGGACAUCAAACCAUCAUUUCAAACCAAGGACGUGGCUUUUGAAAAGUCAAUGAUUAUUUUGUUUAUUUGUUACCAAAUGACAAAUAAUGACUCACUGCAAGUACGUGAUAUUGGGUAUAUCUGGUGAUGGGGAUAUAAAUGAGCGGAACUAACGCGCCCGAUCUGUUUCAUCUUAUCGUCUCGCUGCCGACUGCCGUGUCCACUCUCAUCUCGUCGCCUCGCCUCUGUUUCCCUCGUCUGUAACGUGGUCGGCGUGGGAGGGGAGUGGUUGUUUGAAUGAAUAUGAGAAUCGCACGCCUCGAGCAUCUUAAAAGCAACGAGCGGCGAAGCGACGCGCAAUGUCCAAGGAGACGCAUUUCAACUAAAGCGUUUUGCAUGUUUUUUUUUGUUUUGACUCAAUGUGCUGCAAAAUAUAAUCUUUACACACACACAGGUUUAUUUUAGAAUGAGUCCAGAAGUGCGUCCUGUGCGCUUUGAUGUGUGUUUAGAUUGUGUGCUGUCUACCUUGUGUCUGAUAGUUGUUCUACAGUGUGGUGUUGUGUCUGCUGCUUCUGGACGCGAUGCUUACAGCGAGCGGGGUAAGCAGUCGCUCCUGGGAAGCCACCUGGACCAAGUAGAGAGUUAUGAGGUUACCUAUCCCAGAUGGCUCAAUCCCGUUAGGAACAGAAGAUCGUCCAGACAGCAGUUUCCCUCAAAGGCAGAGGUUUUCAUAACAGCUGAAGGACAGGAGCUGAGAUUGCAACUGGAAAAGAAUGAGCAGCUGCUGUCCCCCGGAUACCAGGAGAUAUGGUACACUCCGUCUGGCAGCCGUCGCACCUCCACCCCUGGCCACACAGGCCACUGUUUUUACCAUGGGGAGGUCCAGGGCAUGGAGGGGUCCAGUGUGGCAGUCAGCACCUGUUCAGGACUUAGGGGGCUGAUAUCUCUGAACACCAGCGUCAGCUACGUCGUCGAGCCUCUCCCCGUUGCCACGGAUACCCCGUCGCCGGCGCCCCACGCCGUGUACAGAGCCGAGAGCCUCCGCCUGCGCAACGGCAGCUGCCCGCAUCACCAUGGCAACGGGGAGCACGAGGACUCUCUCGAUCGUUUCAUCCACGGAAUGAUGACGGAGCACACAGCGAGGGUAAGACGAGACAUCAGCCAGAAUAUGAAAUACGUGGAGCUGCUGCUGGUGGCCGACCAUGCCGAGCACGGCCUUGAUCUCGACCGAACCAGGAGGAAGCUACUGGAGGCUGCCAACCUGGUUGACAAGUACUACAGGGCCCUGAACAUCCGGGUGGCUCUGAUCGGUCUGGAGGUAUGGUCGAACCGGGACCAGAUCACCGUGUCGGACAACCCCUACAGCACGCUGGCAGCUUUCCUGGCCUGGAGACGCAUGCAGCUGCGCGCGCUGCCCAACGACAACGCCCAGCUCAUCACGGGGAUUUCGUUCCAGGGCACCACCAUCGGUCUGGCACCCCUGAAGGCCAUGUGCUCUGACUACCAGUCCGGGGACCACGCGAGGUCAGCGGUGGGCGUCGCCGCCACCAUGGCCCACGAGAUGGGGCACAACUUCGGGAUGAGCCACGACGGGGCGGGUUGCUGCCAGGCCCGGCCCGAGGACGGGGGCUGCAUCAUGGCCGCGGCCACCGGGGACCCCUUCCCGCGUGUGUUCAACGGCUGCAACCAGAGGGAGCUGUCUCGGUACCUGGGCUCCGGAGGGGGGAAGUGUCUCUUCAACCUGCCCAACACCAGGGCCAUGUACGGGGGCCAGCGCUGCGGCAACGGCUUGGAGGACGGCGAGGAGUGUGACUGCGGAGACGAAGAGGAAUGCACCAGCCCCUGCUGUAAUGCCAACAACUGUACGCUGAAAGCCGGGGCCGAAUGUGCCCACGGAGUCUGCUGUGAUGACUGCAAGCUGAAGAGUCCCGGGGUGCAGUGUCGCGCCCCCUCUGGGUCAUGUGAUCUACCCGAGUACUGCGACGGCAAGGCGGAGUCGUGCCCGGCCAACUUCUACCUGGUGGACGGCGUGGGGUGUGGCGGGGGGCGGGGCUACUGCUACACCGGCAUGUGUUUGAGUCUGGAGCAGCAGUGUCGCUCACUGUGGGGGGAUGGUCACCCUGCGCCUGACGUGUGUUUCGAGCGGGUCAACAAGGCGGGGGACUCCUUCGGGAACUGCGGUAAAGAUUUGCUGGGGAAAUACCGAGGCUGCAAGGAGAGCGACGCUAAAUGCGGUAAGAUCCAGUGCGCGAGUUCGGCCCAGAAGCCCAUCGAGACCAACGCCGUUUCCAUAGACACCACGGUGGUCCAGGGCAACGGGGUGAUCCUGUGCAGGGGCACCCACGUCUACCAGCCCGGGCAGGAGGGCGCGGGCCAGGGGGACACCCUGGACCCGGGGCUGGUCAUGACCGGCACCAAGUGUGGGGCGGACUCGCUCUGCUUCGAGGGACAGUGCCGCAACGCUUCCUUCCUACGGGCAGGAGAGUGCAGUGCCAAGUGCCAUGGCCACGGGCUGUGUAACAACUACCACAACUGCCACUGCGAUUCAGGCUGGGCCCCGCCCCUCUGCGACCGGGUGGGGGCGGGGGGUAGCGUGGACAGCGGACCAGUCAUCAGUCGGGGCGGGCUCCUCCCCCUCCUGCUGAUCCUGCCCUUGGUGCUGUUUCUGGCGCUGGCCGCCGUGGCACUCUGGUGCUGCUACAGGCAUAAGCUCCGCCCCCUGAAAUCCCCCGCCACCGCCCGGAUGACGCAAGGUCCCAGACCAGCUGAGGCCAAGACUCCGCCCACCACCGGCCCCGCCCACGGUCACAGCAACCCCACCUUCUCGCUUAAGAGACAGGAGUCUCUCCAGCAGUCCGCCCCACGGCCCAGCCCGUCCUGCGCAUCCCGCUCCAGGUAUUCCAUCGUGAGACCCACCGGGAAGCCUCCCCCCGUACCGGCCUACGCCACCAAGCCCGCGCUCGGACCCGCGCUCGGACCCGCGCUCGGACCCCCACCGGUCCCGGCGCAGGGGCCUCAGACCUCAGGGCCCGCUCCGCCCCUGUCCCGACCCACCCCUCCUCCACCUCCUCCACCAGCUCCUCCGUCCGUCCACGCAGGCCGGCCGAGGACGGGGCCCACGCCGCCCCCUGCUCCGCCCCCGCCUCCGCACCUCGGGGUCCAGGGUUCUGAUCCGGGCCCCCCCAGCCCCCGCCCGGAGGCCCCGAACCGACCGCCCCCACCCUGUCCCGUGAGAAGGACCGUUCCGGAGCAGCCACCGAAGAAGUCUCUCAAGGUGACCAAUGACGCUUUCGAGAGAGGAAAAGCUGCAUUAACGCCAUCUGCUGGACAGAAAAAGUGAAACAGGAACUUAAGCCAGAUAUCAGGGAGGAUAUUGUGGUGCACCACUCAAAGCCCUUAACUGGACAGCCUGUCUCUAUCUCCAUCAUUUAUAUGUUUCACCCCUGGCUGAACGUGGCUAGAGGUUAGUAAGUGAACUAAGAGAAGGGCUUAGGCUUUGUGUUGUCUGUGUAGUUAGGAGGAACAGUGGUUAUUCUGUACCUAACGUUAUUUUGACUUACACAUUAUCUUAUCCAUCUUGAACCAACCAAAGGAGUUGGAUUCAAGCCCUGCUGGAUGUUUAAAGAUUUGCACCAGUGACACCUGAUUUUAUAUAUUUUCUCUGAAUGCAAACAAUUCUUAUGUUCAUUUUAUCAUCUCCUCGACCCCUUUAAAAAGCCAAAUCCGAAAAAAACAUUUAGCUUCAAAGGGAAGGCAUGUUGCACUGUUAUAUCCGGUAAACUGUUUCUAUCAUGAAUGUGAAAGUUCUACCUGUGGUAGCCUACUUGUGGGCAUUGACCUGUGUUGUGUUCUGAGGAUAUGUUGUGUUAUGUUGUGUACAACAUAUCUUCUCUUCUUGCUUUUAUUUGCGGUCUUGCAGGCCGAUAGGAGAUAGGCCUCAUCAGUGUUAUUUUUAUGUAUAGCCAUAGACAUCUCCUGACUUUGGUCCUGAUUUUUUUUUAUUUGAUUUUGAUAUAUUUCGAUACGAUUGUUGGAGCCUCUCCUUGUGAUGUAGCAGAGCAAUGCAAACAUUUCCCCCUGUCGUAUUUAUUCCACCCCGGACAAAACACGAAGUGAUUGUAUGUUUACAUUGCAGCCUGUGUACGAAUCAUGCAGUAGUUACGAGAAAAUGAGCCGAACAAGCUUUACCGGGAUAUCUUAUAUUAAGAACACAUUGGCUAUCAUGUGGCUUUUGUGCUUCAUAAAUGUUGACGGAUCAGAUGCAAUGAGCUGGAUUCAUGGGAAUCAUCGAAUGUCAUGCAUGCUUUGUGUAUGUGUAUAUGUUUAUGUUAAUAACUAGGGACGCCUUUGUUUUUUUAUCUGUAGCAAUAACUGUAUAUAUCGGUGUAUUUCAAGGGUAUGUAUCCCGUUAAUGUGGUGCACUUUUAGCGACUUCUGCUGAAACACCAAAUCCCAGGUCUGGUUAUUAGGUUGUGACAGGGACGAUCAGUCUGGCCUUUGUCCUUGUUGUUGACCUAUUUCACCUCCUCAUGUUUUAUCAGUGUUGUUUUGACAUGGGUUCACACAACAAGGGGAACGGUGAAAACGAGGGACUGGACAAAUUACGCAUAUCUGUGUUUCGAUUUACAGCCCUGGAUAUUAUAGAUAUGUCAGACGCUGAAAUGAAAGUCUCACAGCUCUGUGAAAGGAAACGUUGGUCUUUUUAAGGUUCGGAAUGACCUUAGACCAUCCAAAAUCGGGUUAAUAUUUAGUUCAUAUUAAGUUACUGAAUGUAUUGUCUGUUGAGAAAUAAGGCUUCCAUGGCCAAUUACUUGCAGUGUAAAUGCCUGGGGUGUACAUGCACUAUUUUGACAUGCUGAAACACUUCCAUAUGCGGUAUGUCACCUGAUCAUCACACUUAUGCAAAUGUAGAGGCAGGUCAAAGCACUGUGCCUUCAACUGGAUUUCAAAUAAACCUAUACAAAUGAAA